AGGUCCAACGUUAAUACCCGUGUGCCCGCAACAUCAUCCAGCAGACGCCAGCCAGCACGGCACUCUGGAACCACACGAUCCGAGCUACUGCAGAUUGUGCUGCCUGCCGCCUUGGAAUACGCGACGAUUGCGCACCACGUCCGACGUGCACCUGCAUCUUGUCGUCGUCGUCGUCUGGUAAUCUUCGGCCCCAGCCCGUCACUGGCGUUUCCGGCAACCAUCCCAUCUCUCCGGCCCGCACAUCGCAGCAACAUCACCCGAAGGACUCGAUCAACAAGACGCGCGCAGCCUCGCAGCACCGCAAUUCUUCAUCAACCCCCGUUCUAAGAACUCGCUGGACUCAUCGCCAAUAUUCGCGCACCGCCUGACCUGGGCGCCGUCGCGCAGCUUCCCAUGACCGGAGAGAAUGCACCGCGGCUAACUGCACUGCCUGCUUACCCACAACAAAGGCCUCACCAACGACCACCAUCUCCUCCUGGACAGCAUCAGCAACUUCAGUCUCCCCUGACCCAGCUCUCCCCAUCCACCGUCAAGGCGUCUCCGCAGCAGACUCCCGGGCCCCUUGAGGCUAGCGGCGGCAGUGCUGAGCCUUCAACAAAGCGAGGCAUGCGCUCGCAGAUUGCAUGUACCAGAUGUCGCCGGAGCAAGACCAAAUGCGAAAACACCGGUCAGGGCACCACGUGCAAGGCUUGCGCGAAUACCAACCGCGACUGUACCUGGGACCAUGCAGCUGUCGCAACCACUACAGCAUCUGUGCGCCGUGAUAGCACGGCCGAUUUUGAUGCCCCGCCCAAGAAGCGACGCAAGUUGCUAGCACCAACAUCAACUACAGCACAACGCUCGGUAGAAGGCUUGGGCUCACCUGAGGAUGCUCUCCAAUCACCCCUACUUACGCCUCAGGUCUGGGAAGAGUUGUUUGAUAUCUACGAGAAGCACUUCUCCACCGACUUCCCCUUCUUGCAUAAGCGAACUUUCCUCAGCUCGGUUCAGCCCCCACCUCCAUCUGGCAGCUCUUCUGACGUCAAGACUCCCACCCAAUCCCCAACGCCUCGGCUGUAUGCGCCUUUGCUCCUAGCUUUCCUGACUCAGACUGCUCGUUUCCAUGACAAGCUCACGGCGCAGAUGGGAAAUGACCCCAUCAGGACCGCCGAGUUUUAUGCCGCAGCUACGCGCACGCAGAUGGGAACGGAAAUCCUUGGGUCUCCAAAUCUGGAAAAGAUUCAAACACUCCUCAUGCUGGGGUACUAUGAAUGGACUAAUUUGCAAGGUACUGAGGGCUGGCUCAAGAUCGGUCUUGCUAUCAGAAGUGCCAUAUGUCUUGGGUACCCGCAUUUGGAUGUCGAUGAAAACGGGCUACCUGCCCCACUGAAAGAGUCUGAGAAGGGGCUUUCGGAAAAGGAUCAAUUCAUUCUUCGCGAGACUCAGCGGCGUACCUUUUGGAGCUGCGUACUUAUGGAUUGCUAUCUGAGCUGGGGAGAGGAUCGACCGAGGAUGCUCACCCCUGACCAACUGCAAAGAACUCAACUUGUGUGUAGCGAUGGCGCUUUCAACUUUGGAAAGAGGGCGACAACAAGACUACUGGGCGAAGACGACGCGACGUAUGCUGCCAGAAGGAAGCGAUGGGAUGAGUAUACUGAGCAACGACGUAAUGAUCUCAAUGGAGAACUCCGAACUGAUCCUCUAGAAGGAGGAAGGUGGGAAGUUGCUGAGCAUGAGGCUGAAUUGACGUGGUACAUCAAAGUCGUUGUGAUCUUUGGCGAGGUUUCGCAAUGGUCCUGCAAACGCGGAAGAAGACAAGAAGGCAAGAACCCUCCAUGGCUCGCAACGACUGGUUUCAAGAAACUAGAGGAUAAACUCAAGCAGCUGAAGCGCGAUCUUCCUGACCACCUUCAGCUGACCCCGGAUAACACCGAGGACCGUAUAUACAACAAGCCCGGAAAAUAUGUGGCGAUACACGCAAUGUACACAUUGUGCUUCGUUUGGCUGUAUCGAGAGUAUAUGCCAACAUCACCAUGGGCCCUGACGCAUCCACGCGGCCCAUUGGAUGAACCACUAAUUGACGAGAAACCCCCUGAUCCCGCAUACUGGAGCAACCAAGCCAGGGACUGUUGGAAAGCCUGCGAAGAUUUCACGACUUUACUUCAUUCUAUUGAGACUUCAAGAGUUCAUAGCAAUUUGGUGCAAACCCCGACGGUAGCUUUCUCUUGCUUUGCUGUAGGUAUAGGCACCAUCUACUGCCACUACUUCCCUCAGAUGGACCCUGAUAACGUUCUCUCAUCUCGUAAGGAUCCCAGAGCUCACGACAUCGCAAAUGGCUUCCUGCUUCGCAUCCUCAGUCGCUUCAAGAUGGCCCGCUCGUGGCUCAGUCAACUAGCAGAAUGGCAACGGUAUUACCGUCGUGAGAAGAAGAAGUACCGAGAACUGAGCGGCCAGAUCGAUGAUUCUCCGAAGAGUAACUCCAGCGAUGGUGUCGCUAAUGGUGGGCUGAAAGACUACGCACAGCUCUUUGAAAGAACGCACAAGCAAUUCGGCGAUAUGGUCAAUAAUAACGAUGGCCAAUGGUCCAACAAGGACAAAGAUCUAGCUGAUACAAGACUGACGCAUGAUGAGGACUCCGCAGAGCGCACCUUACCCACCAGUUCGGCUUCGGUCAAGCCUGAGAUGCAAGGGGCGGCUGACGAUAGGUCCAAUCCACAGCCCGGCUUUACUGCCGUCAACCACAAUGGUCAACAAACACCCCCAGCCCCGAACCCCUCAACUUACGCGCACCAUGGUCAUAAGCCCUCUCAUGACUCGAACCACCCCCAUCGAUUUCCAACACAGCCUUCACCACAAACAAACCCAUCAUUUCCACCAUAUCCGUAUGCCAAUCCUCAGCAAUCCAUGGCCACCGGACGAAGCCCCUUCGAGUCAGCCCCGAAUCAAGAGCCCAUACAAGCCACUGCAUCGGUCCCUGUUCACUAUCAAGGAUGGCCGCAAGCACGUCCACAGGAGAUACAGGAGCUCAAGGUGAAUAUGGAGAUUGAUGGACGCGCCACAUUUGGCAACGACUGGGCUACCAAUGCGAUGAUAGGUGACGGUGGUGGGGGUCACCAAAUCGACUGGGACACAUAUGGCUUUCAGACUAUCCCGAACAAUCCGGCAUAUUACCAGUCUGGCUACCCGUAUCCACCGCAGUAGUCAGAUGGGAUUAAGAGUAUUUUGCUCUUUGCUACUGACAGCGCGAAUUGGCGGAAAGGCAGCCUGGUCUAUGAGCGGUGUUGCGACGAAAAUCCUUCGUCAUUCGUGUUUUCUAGCAUCUGUUUUGGCUUCUUCUCAUCCACAACCUCUUAUUCCUUUGGCGUAUGCUGCGAUAGUGGUGCUUUUACUGGCUGCAUUGGUGUGCCAUUUAGAUUCCUAAGGGCGACAGGA